GUUUGGCCCAAACUCGCCAAACUCGACGAGUCCCAAGCCCUGGACUCGGCCGGCAUGGGCAUACUUUAAAACACACAAAAAAACUAGUUUGCAAAGUUUUUUUAAAUCCGUUUUUUUAUGUUAAUUGUCUUCUAGCCCUAAAAGUGACUUUCAUUUCAUUCAUUUGAAAAAAAAGGAAGAGUAAAGUGAGUUGGGAAGAAAAACAAGGGUGCAUAGAAGAAAAACCAGCAAGGAGGAAGCUCAAGUUUUCUUCAAUUUGUCACAUUGGAGCUGCAUUGUGUUUCGAUUUGGUGCAUCAAGAGUUGGAUAGGAAGAGUUUGCAGCUCAUUUCAAGCUUGUUGUAAGAGGUAAGAUUGUUUUUUUGAACAUUAUUUUGUUUCUUGUAUGCAAAAAUUCCAUUUUCUAUUCAUUUAUUUUGAAAGUUUUACAUUUUCUUGUAUGCAAGAUCUUUUGUAUGUUUGUAAUUUGUAUGUAGCAUGUAGUAUGUAGUUGUACUAUGUAGGGUUGUAUGUAGGGUUUGUAAAUUUUUUUUUUUUAAAAGUAAGGUUUGACAAACCCCACAAUUUAAAAAAAAAAAAUUUACAAACCCUACUUUAGUUUUUUUGAAUGUAUGUAUUAAUUUUAUUUUGUAUUUGUAAUGUUUUAUUGCAGCAAACUUCACUUUAUUAUUUGCCUCAACUUCAAGUUUCACAAAACUAUCCUAAAAUGUCUACUUCAGCUUCUAAACCCCCCAUUAGAAAGGACCCUGCUUGGAAAUAUCAUGAGGAUUUUUCAGGGCAAGGAAAGGGGCAAACAAAAUGUAUGUUUUGCAAAACAAUAUUCCAUGGAGGUAUAUAUAGGCUGAAAUACCAUAUUGCUGGUGUGCGUGGACAUGAUGCCGAACCAUGCCUAAACGCAGUCCCUGAGGCCGUACGUGAUUGUUAUGUAAUGGUUGAGGAGAUUGAAAGAAAAAAGAAACAAAAGGAGGAUCGAGCGACCAUUGGGAGAGAGACAUUUUUAGGAAGAGGGACACAGUUAGGUUGUGUUGGAGGCCCUUCUUCCUUACCUCCAUAUUGUCCCACUCAGUUUGCUACUGUUGGUGCUUCCGUUUCUGCUUCUGCUUCUAUAAGUGGCAGUGCCACUGCCACUUCUCAUGCUCCUACCACUAGUAGUUGUAGUGGGAAUGUUACCAUUGGACCUAGGAUUCGUAAAUCUAGGUUGGAUUCCUUCUUUGUGCCACACACUACUCCUGGGUCCCAACCGUUGCUUAAGGGCAUGGGUUGGAACAAGGAGGUCCAUGAUGCUUCUAAAAUGGCAGUUGGCAGGUUUUGGAGCUACAGCUGUAUUCCAUUCUUUGUAGCCAGGUCUCCCUAUUGGCAACAAAUGGUUGAUGCCAUUACCAUAUGCGGGGCGGGGUUCAAAGUCCCUAGUGAGAGUGAUUUGAGGGGACCCAUUUUGUCUCAAAUGGUGGAUGAUGUGAAAAAAGAUUUAUAUGAACAACGCCACAUAUGGAGCACUAAAGGUUGCACCAUCAUGACUGAUGGUUGGACAGAUAGGAGAAAUAGAACUCUCCUUAAUUUUCUUGUUUCUUUCGCAGGGGGCACCGUUUUCAUCAAGUCCAUUGAUGUCUCCGCCCAUUGCAAGAAUGCCACCUACCUAUGUGAGCAGAUAGAGGAGGUGAUUGAAGAUGUGGGUGAGGAGAACGUGGUACAGGUGGUGACCGACAAUGCAGCAAAUUAUGUUGCUGCGGGUAGACUAUUGAUGGAGAGGCACCCAUCUAUAUUUUGGACUCCAUGUGCUGCUCAUUGCAUUGACCUCAUGUUGGAGGAUAUUGGAAAAAUCCCAUGGGUCAAGAGAUGUGUAGAAAGGGCAAGAAAUGUCUGCAAAUUUGUAUAUAAUCAUUCAUGGGUGUUGGCUCUUAUGAGACAAUACACAGAGCAGAAGGAGUUAGCUCGUUCAGGAAUCACAAGAUUUGCCACAAACUUCCUCACAUUGCAGUCCAUGCUUAAGUCCAAGUCUGCCUUGAGACAUAUGAUUGUUGGUGAGGAGUGGUCUUCCUCAUCCUAUGCUACCACCCCUGCAGGGAUAGAGAUGGCAGACUGCAUUUUUGAUGAGCAAGGCUUUUGGGUCCCUUGUGAUGAGAUAGUGAAGUUUGUUAAGCCCUUGGUGGUUUUGUUGCGAGUUGCGGAUGGAGAUAAGCCCGCAAUGGGCUAUAUAUAUGAGGGCAUGGAUAGGGCGAAGGAGGCCAUCAGAUUCGUCUAUGGAGCAGAUGAGAGCAAGUAUGGUCCCAUUUGGGAGAUCAUUGAUAGGAGAUGGCAUCAUCAGCUUCAUAGGCCCAUCCAUACGGCAGUCUAUUAUUUGAAUCCGGCAUUCCGUUUUAUCCCUUCUUUCAAGGCAAAUGCGGAGGUCCUUAAUGGGCUAUAUGCAAUCAUGGAGAAGAUGGGACCUACUGGUACUUCUUAGAUAGACCUUUUUCGAGAGCUACAGAUGUUCUCAGAUGCACAAGGGGAGACCUUCUCUCGUCCUGUCACAAAAGACGAUCAUUGGUGGAACUUUUUUGGCCCAGAGACACCAAAUGUUCAGAAGUUGGCCAUUCGCAUCUUGAGCCAACCAUGCAGCGCAUCAGGUUGCGAGUGCAAUUGGAGUAUGUUUGAGCACAUACACUCCAAGAGGCGCAAUAGAUUAUCUGUGGAGAAGAUGAAUAAUCUCGUCUUUGUUCACUACAACCUCCGCCUGAGAAUGAGAAAGAAUGCAACAGUUGACAUGUCUCCUAUCAUUCUAGAUGAGGUUGAUCUUGAAGCAGAGUGGGCCAAUGAGAAUCAGACAGCUCCUGGGACUCCUACAGCUGUAUUUAGUGAUGAUGACAUUGAUUGGAUUGACCAGGUAGAUAUAGAGGCUGAAGCUGUAGCCAUGGCAGAGGAGGAGCAAAGAGCACGAGCAGAGACAGGAAAUACUGAGACUCAGAGUGACACAGUUGUUCCUGAUGUUGGCGAGCAUGACACAGCUGUUCCUGAUGUUAGUGAGCAUGGCAUGGUGUCACGGGGAGCGACUAUGGCUGUUGAAUCAUCUAGGACCUACCUUAAACACCUUCGCAGGGGGCCAGGGCGAGAGGGUUCAGUUGACCCUCUGAGCCAUAGGCUUGUACACUUGUAGUUGUAUUUAGCAUUUACUAUUUACCUUUGGUAUUUGUAUGAAACAUUUGAUGAUGAUCAUAUGAUGACAUGGAUUUUUUAUUCCAUGAAUUUUGUAAUAUUGUAUACAUUUGACAAUAUUUAUAUA